AUGUCAAGUAGUCAACGAGCAGAAAGUGCGCAUUCCUUUUUUAAGGAUUAUGUUUCUCAUAAAAAUUCUCUAGUGGACUUCAUGGUUCAGUUUAGUCGGGGUCUUUUACACAAACGGCAUGAGGAGUUGAUUUCAGAUCACAUUGACAUCAAUGAGAAGCCAAGAUUUAAGUGCCGCAUUAAGAUGGAAAAGCAAAUGGCUGCUAUUUAUACACGGAAGUACUAUUACAUAUUUCAAGAUCAGUUGUGGGAGAGCUACAGUUACAAUCUUGAGGUUACAAAGGAGGAUGAAACUAAUUGUAUACUUAAGGUUAUGCGUCAGGAUCAUGAGGGUGGAAGAGCCCGAGUCAUUAUGUAUGACAAAUCAAUACCUUUUGCCUCAUGUAGCUGCAAAUUGUUUGAGAGUGCAGGAGUCCCAUGUAGACAUGUUCUAGCAUACUUACACAAGUUACAUCAAGUUCAUAAAUUGUCAGAUCAAUACAUUUUGAAGAGAUGGACAAAAUCUGCAAGGUCUGAGGUUGUGAUGGACAAGAUUGACAUGGAGAUAACUGUUAGGAAGUCCUUACUUGAAAAACGUGGUCUACUGUUCCAGCAAUAUUCACAUGUAAUUGAUAGCGUUGUCUUACACUAUGCCAAAAAAUGCUUCAAACCAUACCCUUCAGACAACAGAAGAGGUUGUAAUUUGCUGCAUGAGUAG